AUGUCGGAACGAUUCCAAUCCAUAGCCCUAGAGCAAGGCUGGACAUUCAGGGACGCCAAAGAUGGACCGGUGUUCCCUGUAUCCAAAGUCCCCUCAGUCGUCCACCUGGACCUCCUCGACAACGAGAUAAUACCAGAUCCUUUCGUGGGUCUCAAUGAGCAGAAGGUCGAAUGGGUCGGCCAUCGGGACUGGAUCUAUCGGACUACUUUCUCAACUCCGGAGAAACAUUCUCAAGGAAAGCGGUGCAGUCUUCUAUUCGAGGGCCUGGACACUUUCGCGACAGUUAGACUAAACGACACUGUGAUCCUUGAAUCUGAUAAUAUGUUCAUCCCGUACCGAGUUGACGUGACGGACGUUGUAAUCUGGUCAGAGACUGAAUCGAGUCCGAACAUAUUAGAGAUCCGAUUUGAAUCUCCCAUUCGACGAGGUCGCGGAGUGGUCAACAGCCACCCCGAGAAUAGAUAUAUUGCGCACCAGACCGAGGUAGGCCGUCUCGGGGCCCGGAAGGCAGCAUAUCAUUGGGGAUGGGACUGGGGUCCGAUUCUGAUUACGGCUGGGCCAUGGCGACCUAUCCGGUUGGAGACUUACGUGGAUAAGAUUGAAGAUUUGUGGAUACAAAGCGUUGUUUCCGAGGACCUGGGAUCUUGUUCUGGGACGCUCCAUGUCUGGACUGCAGGGAGGGGCGCGGAACGACUUCAGUUCCAAUUGAGAGCGCACGAGGAAAUUGUUUUCAGCUCUGAGGCUGCAGUUGGGGAGAGUGGAAUGGUGGAAGUGAAAUUCAAGCUGGACAAGCCUGCUUUGUGGUAUCCCCAUGGAUAUGGACAACAAGCGAGAUAUGAGCUGCGCGCGGCGUUGUUCAAGGGAAACAUCCCGGUGCAUGAAGUAUCGAAGAAGGUGGGAUUCCGUCGCGUUGAGUUGGUGCAGGAGAAAGAUGAUCAUGGCCAGUCGUUUUACUUCCGGGUAAACAACAUCGAUGUCUUCGCGAGUGGAUCUUGUUGGAUUCCUGGGGAGAGCUUCUUGCCUCGACUGACAGAGGCAAAAUACCAGGACUGGUUGAAAUUGAUGGUUGAGGGGAACCAGAAUAUGGUCCGAAUCUGGGGUGGUGGCAUUUUUGAGCCGGAGAUAUUCUACGAAACCUGCGACGAACUCGGGGUCAUGGUAUGGCAGGACUUCCUUUUUGCCUGCGCUUCAUACCCUACAUACCCCGAGUAUCUUGCGUCAAUCGAGGAUGAAGCCCGAGCCAAUAUGAGAUUCCUCCGUCAUCAUCCCUCCAUCGUCAUAUACGCUGGGAACAACGAAGACUACCAGAUCCAGCAAACAUACAAUUUAACGUACGACUACGACAAUGACAAGAACCCUGAGUCAUGGCUGAAAUCUUCUUUCCCGGCCCGGUAUAUCUAUGAAUAUCUCCUGCCAAAGGUGGUAGAAGAAGAGUGCCCGGGGCUUCCCUACCAUCCAAGCAGUCCAUGGGGAGGUGGAAAGCAUACGACUGAUCCGACAAUUGGGGAUAUCCACCAGUGGGAUGUCUGGCACGGAACUAUGCAGCCAUACCAGAACCUCCCUUCGAUGGGUGGUCGAUUUGUUAGUGAAUUCGGCAUGGAAGCAUACCCCCAUAUGCACACAAUCGAUGCCUUCAUCGACAAACCAGCGGAGAAAUAUCAUCAGUCGCUGACAAUGGAUUUCCGUAAUAAAGCUCGGGACCACGAACGUCGACUGGGGUCCUACAUCCUGCAAAACUUCAAGGUCAAGCAAGACUUUAAGUCAUACCUCCACCUCUCCCAACUCGCCCAAUCCGAAACCAUGGCCUUCGCGUACAGAAGCUGGCGCCGUGAAUGGGGCCGCGCCCAGAACCGACGUUGCGGCGGCAUUCUCGUAUGGCAACUAAACGACUGCUGGCCGACCAUCUCCUGGGCUGUCGUCGACUACUUUCUUAUCAAGAAGCCUGCGUUCUACGCCAUUGCACGAGCAUCACAACCCCUCGCAAUUGGCGUCUCGCGUACUUACCAUGAAUGGGUCUCCGGACAUGCUCGACCACCUAGCUCCUCGCGCUUCGAUGUCUGGGUUUCCAGUAGUAUAGUGGAACCAGUAUCCGUCUCUGUUGAAGUACGAUAUAUAUCAAUCGUUAAUGGGGAAGAUGUAAAGCCUCGUUCCUCCUUUGAUAAUAUCCAAAUCCAACCGAAUGGGACAACCGACAUUUUUACCGACACUAUAGAUUACACUCAAAGCCCAACCACCCAGCCAAUUGUUAUAUCCGCAAAACUACUUAACAAGGAUAUAGUUAUAAGCCAAGACAUCGAUUGGCCACAGCCACUGAAGUACCUCGAUCUGAGAGACCGACGCGUGAAGUUGGAAUACCUCGCCUCCGAGUCCGCAGUUAGGGUUACGGCUGCAAAACCGACAAAGGGGCUUGUGUUUGAAGAGAGGCCUGGUCUUUGGUUUAGCGAUAAUGGUUUUGAUGUUGUACCGGGAGAGGACAAGGUUAUUGCUGUGAAGGGGAUCGAACACCAAGAGGGGAUUCCAUAUUGGACUUAUUUGGAGGAUGAUAGGGCGUGA